AUGUCGAUUCGACGUCUUACCUUAGACAUUGGUCGAAUGUGCCUUAAUUCGUCUGCGCAGAAUUUCUUUAAAGCGUCUUUAAAUUUUCCCAAACUUCAAUGUCGGCGAAUUCAAACAUCGACAUGUCUGCCGGACAGUAUUCGUGAUAAUCAUAGACAAGGAACAAAAAUAGUUGGCGCUCAGCAGGAAGUCAUGGAAGGAACAACUGGCGCUGGAAUGCAAACUGCCAUCAAUCUCAAAUCGGUGGAAUCGCGCUUUCCGACUGCCGAAACAUUGAAAACCGAAUUCGAUGGAAUUUUGUACGCUGAACUACCGAUUGUGUAUAUAAAGGCAACAAAAAAUAACACACUGGUGACUGUAAUGGACAAUAAGAACGAAGUUAUCACGUAUACAUCGUGCAGACUUGAAGGAUUUAAGAAUGCCAGAAAGAAGACGACAAUUGCCGGACAAACAACUGGCGUCGCUGCUGGGCAGAGAUUGGUGAGAAGAGGAAUUCGGACGGUUCGAGUUGAGGUUAAAGGUCUUGGACCUGGAAGAAUGACUUGUGUCAAGGGACUUACAGUAGCUGGAGUACAUGUUGUGAGCAUCACAGAUCACACGCCUCUUGGAGAACUUGGACCCCGGCCCAGGAAGAUUCGUAGAAUUUAG